AUGGAGCCAAAAUACGUGACGGGGGGAAUCUUGGUGCUGAUACUACUAGUGGGUUCAGUGAUGUCGGACAUAGAGAAGGACAGGGAGAAGUGCGGCAACCAAUUAGUGGGGCUUGCCACGUGCCUUCCUUACGUUGGCGGUAACGCAAAGGCACCAACCCUGGAUUGCUGCGACGGGCUGAAGGAGGUGCUGAAGAACAGCAAGGAGUGCCUUUGUAUUUCUGGUGAAGGACAGGAAUGA